GUGCUCCAACAACCUUUAGUAAACGAACAGAUACCGUCACAGCAUCGCCUCUGCACACAAGUUGUUUAAUCGUAGUACAUCAGCAUUCGAAAUGGCUCCCACUCAGAACGAGAACUCAAGUGAGGUUAAUGCAGCUUCAUCUGAGGUUAAAUGUUGCCAAUGCGGAGAGAUGAAGAGCUCGUGGGACAUGUUCCUUCCCAUCACUCACAGGGGAAGCUUCUUCCAGGAUUCCUUCUUCUCCAACAUUCACCAGCAUUUCGACGCUGCCGUCAGGGAGGUUCUGGACAAGUGGAGUGACUCUGACAUCAGGCUGACUAACCACACGGAGGACGCGAACAUCCGCCACAGUGAUGUCAUUGGCCGCUACAGAAGGCUUCGAUCCAUCGACCUGAAGGAGGAGAACCAGGCUGUCACUGUCACGUCGGAUGACACAAGUCACAAGGUGGUGCUGGACGUGCAUGAGUUCCUGGGAGGAGACGUGACGGUGAAGGUGGUCGGCGAGAAGGAGCUGGUGGUGGAAGGACGCGUGGAAAAGAAGGAGGAGGGAAGUUCCUGUGUGGCGCUGCAUUCCUUCAGACGCCGCUUCUCCCUGCCACGCCUUACCAACAUGGCGGCCAUCACUUCUGCCAUGUCUUCCGACGGUGUCCUCACCAUCACAGUGCCCAAACUGGAAAACGAAGACAAUCAAAGGACUACCAUCAUCCCCAUCAAGAUCGAAGAGACGAAUUCACAGACAAAGUCUUCCAAAACAACAGCUCCACAAAACACAAAUAAGCAGGAAAUCAGAUGCGAACACUGCAGUCGGGACGCCGUCUCCAAGAAGGCAGUCAGUGAAACGUGUGUCAAGGAAGAGAGCGAGUCCUGUGAAUCUGAGAAAAGAUCCUCGGCACUAAAUUCCUUCGCAGGACACAACGUGCUCCCGAUCGUGCGCAGAGGACUCUUCUUCGACGAUUCCUUCUUCCAGGAAAGCUGGAAGGAUUUCCAGAGGGCGGUGAAGGAAGUGCUGAACAAGUGGGGAGAACAGUCCUUCAUUGGCGACGACCUAACGCGCUACAGAAGUCUCCGUAGUCGUGAUUUAAGAGAAGAAAACCAGGCUGUCACUUCUUCGGAGGAUGAACGUCAACACAAGUUCGUUCUUGACGUGAAAGAUUUCAGUGACGGCGGAGAGAUCAGUGUGAAGGCAAUGAACGACAGAGAGUUGGUGGUCGAAGGUCGCAAGGAGAAGCAGGGAGACGGGUCAAGGUGUUCUCAGCGGUUCGUUCGGCGUUUCGUCGUUCCUGGAGACAUCGAACUUGAUGCCGUUACCUCAGUCGUGUCUUCUGAUGGUGUGCUCACUAUCUCGGCACCUAAGAAGCAGCCGAAGCUCCAGGUGAAGGAGGUUUCCGUGCCCAUAAGUAUUGAAGGAAAGAAAACUGAUCCUGCCGUCACCGUUAUGCAGAGUGGAAAUCUCAAAUCAAAUGAGGCUUCAACAGUCGCUGUCGCAAAGGAAAAUAAACCGCAAAAUGCCACUCCCGUACCCUGCGCCAUCUCCGCUCCGUCCAAGGUACCUUCGACAGCCAGUUCGACUCACGGACCCGACGAAACUUCAUCCUCAAACCAGAAAGGAGAUUCUCAGCAUCAUACCACAGUAAUUCCCGUUAGAGUCCAGGGAACAGAAGAGAUUCUAGAGAGGCAGACCUGUUCCCCUUCCAAGACUUCGACAGGAGGUCGAGACGAAGACGCCUCCGCCAAAUCCACCUCCUUCGCCGCAAGAGGAAAAGGAAGCGACGCUGAAGAAGGCAACCAGGAAGACAAGGACCUCUAUAAGCUGAAGGGAAGCGGAGCCACGUUCCCCAUCAAGAUUAACGGAUCUGUGAUUAAUAGCAAUUCUGCGUAAAUGAAGAGGAACAAAAUAUAAAGAAGAGAAAGAAAGAAAGAAAACAUUCCAAGAAGAAAAAGAGAAUGAAUAUCUUUUGUGUGGAAGAAAAUUUGUAUAAUUUCCGAUGAAUAUUAUAUUCUUUCAUAUAUAUCUAAUUACAAAGUGCAAUACGUUU